CAGGUGGCGUAAAGUAGAUGUGUUUUGCGACGAGUCUGUCUGCGUUGUCACGUCGCUGGAGCUGGAGAGAAGUUCUGACAAUGGCAGGCCAGUUUUUUAAGAAACUGAUGCUAUUUGGCAGCAAACAUCGAGUCAAGUUGUUAGCUGUUUCCUGUGGAGGACUAUUUGCCACCAAUGUUUUCUGUCAUGUAUUUCCCCAGCGGACGUAUGGAAAGUUGUAUCAAGCUUGGUCAAAGGGAGUACCUGCUGAACUUCCAGACAGGUUGCAAGAUACUUUCCAAGAGGUGCUGAAGGAUGCGGGAGUGGAGUCUGCACAGAAUUAUACAGCCUUUGCGGCCUUCAGCUUUCAACCUGUGAGUGCAGGUGUGCCCUGGUUGCCUAGCGGCGCCCUGAUUGGCAUCCCUGUCAACUUCAACAGCACAGGGGAAGAUGGGCAAGGAAUAACCAAUCGAAUUGUCAUGAUUAAUGGCAGGGACAUCAAGUGGGACAGUGAGGUGGGAAAAUCUCUGAGAGAGUCCCUCACCUUUUCAUCCAAUGCCCAGAAGUUUGCUAUCGCAAGAGAGGUUAUGUAUUUGCAGAGCAACGGCCCUGUCCUUCAAUCGGUGGUCGCGCCAGCCUGUUUAGCAGGCACCUACUUGACUGCCCUGGCAGCGAAGCAAGCCCUUGGCCUUUACUCCGGCCCCUUUUUAUUACGGGCUCUUUUUAACCUGGCUGCGGCAGCAACUGGAUUUGUGGGCUAUUUUCUUUUAUCUGAUGCAGUCAAUCACUGGCUUGACUACAGAUCAGACCACCAGACAGCUACCAUAUCCAAGAGUUACGCCAAGGGAGGCAUUGAGUUUUACGAUAAAAUUCUUGCACGGAAUCGAACUUUCCGUUCCCUACUAGGCAAGAUGGGAAUGGAAAUGUAUGCCACAAACGGAAACCUCUUCCCAAAGCACUGGUUCCGACUAAAACAUGCUCCCUACACCGCCAGGAAAGAGAUGCUGGAAAACACCCUGAAAGAUUGCUGAUAUAAAAUUGAUCCGAUGGUAUUUAUUGGCAAACCUCCACGUGCCACUUGCAACUUCCUUCCGUUUCACUUGACUCUCAUCCCAAUUUUGUGUUUUGCUGAGCCUCUGCUUCCUCAAAGUUUCUGUGUGAGAACCAUCUGCACCCACUACCUCCUCAUUACAGGCACAUGGUUAUGAAUGAAGCCUGAACAAAAAUGGAAUGUGUCUCUGGCAUUUAUAAUAUGUCAAAAAUCAAACUUGCUUCCGAAAUCUGAGUCGUGCAGGGCUGAGUUAUUGAUCGUUGACAAAAGUGUUAACAUUCAUAUUGAGUUUUUGAAACUUAAAUGUAAAAUACACAGAAAAAUAGAAGUUGUUUGACUAUGGAGAAAAAUUUCUGCUUCAUUUUACUUUUUAUUGUUCACAAAUGGGCGUUGUACUCUAUAGCCUAUUAGACAUUGGUAUUGGUUUAUUAUUGUCACAUGCACCAAGAUACAGUGCAAAGCUUGUCUUGCAUACUGUUCAUACAGAUCAGAGUGCACUGAGGUAGAACAAGGUAAAACAAUAACAAAGCAGAGAAUGUACAGUGCAGGUCAACGAGAAGGUGCAGGAUCACAACGAGGCAGACUGUGGAGCCAACUCCGUUUAAGAGUCUAUUAGAAGUUGUCCUUCAGCCCAGUGGGUCAUACUGUCAAGCCUUCAUGUCUUCUGUACGAUAGGUCAGGGGAGAAGACAGAAUGUCUAUGGUAGGUUUUGUCUUUGAUUAUGCUGGGUGCUUUACUGAGGUAGUGAGCCGUCUAGACAAAGUCCAUAGAGGGGAGGCUGGUUCCUGUAAUGUGCCGAGCUGGAUGCAGAUUCUUGUGGUCACGUGCAGACCAGUUGCCAUACCAACCCAUUAUACAUCCAGAUAGAAUGCUUUCUGUGGCACAUCAAUAAAAGUUGGUAAAGGUCAAUGAGCACAUGCCAGAUUUUGUUGGCCUCCUGAGGGAGUAGAGGCGCUGGUGAGCUUUCUUGACCGUGACAUCAAUGUAGCUGGACCAGCACAGGUGACGUUCACUCCUAGAACCAUGAAGAUCUCCACCCUCUCGACCUCGGAAUUGUCGGUGUAGACAGAAGUAUAUGUACCACCCACCUUCCUGAAGUCAGUGACCAGCUCUUUUGUCUUGUUGGCAUUGACGGGAAGGUUGCUGUCAUGACACCAUGUCACUAAGCUCUCUCUGCACUUCCUGUAGUCUGACUCAAUGUUAUUUGAGAUUCAGCCCACUGUGGUGGUGGUAUCUGCAACCCUGUAGAUGGAGUUGGAGCAGAAUCUGUUCACACAGUCAUG